AUGAAAAUAGCCCAUUUCAUUGCCUUGGCCUGCUUCCUCAGUUUUGCAGCAGCCAAGCCAGAUUCGCUGGCAUCGCAGAAUUCACCAGUGGUAAAAGUCCUGGAAAUAGAGCAGGUCGAUUUGGUGCCAAUCCAAAUACCAUCGACUCACCCAUGUAAAGUCAAUAUCGUGACCCAUACCGUAGGAACCGGCCCAUCGCAAACAUACAACACUACAUACGUACCUCCAAAAGACUGUCCUGGGCCAUGGAGCAAAGUCGUCUUGACUUACACUGGAGCAUCAAAGGGAAGGCAAUACGACCGCUUAUCAGCCAUCUGGAUGGGUGGGGUGGAAGUAUUGCGAACUUCGACAGCGGAGCCAACAAAUAAUGGCAUUCACUGGAAGUUUGAAAAGGAUGUCACUGCAUACUCCUCUGUGUUUGAGAGCAAUCAGCAUUUGGUGAUGGAGCUUGGCAACGUCUUAAAUGACAUCUACAACGGCAGCUACAUCAUCACAACCGACCUCACGUUUUAUGGCACCGACAAGCACAACCCAAGUCCUUCGGUUGCCGAUACGAUUGUACCAAUCAGCAGUGGCUCGCAAGAUCAAGCAUGGUAUCAUCUGUCCGAUGCGACGGACCUCAGCAGCACGAACGUUACACUCCCACGCAAUAUCCGAGCUGCAUAUCUUGAGGUUUACGCUUCUGGUCAAUCAAAUGAUGAGUUUUGGUACUCUAAUCCGACAACUGAUUAUGCUGAUAAAGUCAAUCUCACUGGAAUAGCCAAUGGUCCUUAUCGCGAAGUAUUGGCUUAUUUUGACGAGAGAUUAGUGGGUGCAACCGUACCUCACCCUGUGGUAUUCACAGGUGGUAUUGUACCAAGUCUUUGGAGACCUACCGUUUCCAUUGGAGGAGCUUUCAACAUUCCUUCAACAUGGAUUGAUGUGUCUCCUUUUGUUGGUCUAAUGGUAGAUGGAAAACAGCACACUAUUAAAUUUCAGGUGGUCAAUGCCGAGUCUUUCUGGCUCAUCGAUGGUAAUUUACACCUAUGGCUUGACAAGGACAGCCAUCAAACGUCGGGAGCGGUGACCAGUACCAAAAUCAGUCCUAAUGCUACCCUGAGUGUGCAUGAGGAAAUUCAGAAGAACCUUGAUGCUGUUAUCACAGUCAAAGGCUCUAGAUCCGUACAUGUCGAAGGAUACGUCGAUACAUCGCAAGGGCGAAUAAUCAAUACGUACAAAUCUAGCCUUCAAUAUCAAAAUCGCCUUUAUUUUGCUAAUGAUACCAGCAACAGCUCUUGGGCACAAACAACCGUGCAGUCCGCCAGUUCCCAGCAGAUUCCUCAAAGAAAAAAUGCUUCGUUCCCAGUGCAUACAUUGUCGACUGAUUUCAAUUGGAACAUCGGUGGCGGAAACAAUUUUACUGUUUUUGGUGACCAAUCAAUUCGUAUUGAUGGCUGGAUCGACUCCAGUAAUGAUGAGAAAAUAGCUGAAAAGUGGGGUAAAGAUAAGACAAAUUCAUGGACUUUUGCCAAACAAGAUGGUACUGCUUAUUAUGCCGCCAAUGCGCUUUCCAAUGCCAAUAAUACUCAUGGCAUGGGUCAGACUAAGACAAGCGUUGAUUAUCGCAGUGGCAACACAUGCUACCAUCGCCAAGUUUCCGCAUAUAACUCUACCAUUUUGUCUGAUAAAAUCAGUAGCCACUGUUAG